UCUUGAUCUUCCCAUUCAUGAUUUCGUUUCCAUCAGACUUUAAUUAUAUUUGAUACUUCUUCAUCAUGUCGAAUUCAUUUGAUCAAUCCUUCGAAAGAAGAGGCACUGAUCCAAGUGUUCCUCAUGCUACAACCGCCGCAAAUGAUUCUCUUGAAGACCAAACACUUCUCUUACUUGCCCGUUUGACAGAAGGUGGACAAGAAGAUGAGGAUACUUGCAAGGAAUUGAACACUCUCACCAAAAUUCUUACUGAUGAUUCCAACGAAGAAACAAGAUCGAAGGAGCCACACAAACCUCUUUUCCAAUUGAUCGAUCAAGAUAUCCUAGAAACUAUCUUGGGUUAUCUUGAUAUGAGACAGUCUCCUUCGGUCCGAGGUCACGCGACUUUGACCACUUCUGCAUACCUCAAAGCUUCGGAACAACAAGGUGUUGACUAUCUUUCUCAUUUCUUCUACGAUCGAGUUGGCAAAGGCACAUAUGACGAUCUGAUCCUUGCCUUCUCUGUUGCAGCAUCGAUAUUUCCUGUGGUUCCAGAUGUCAUUUCCUCAUUUUUCCUAAGUGAAGGUUUCAUUCCUAGCCUUGGUACCUUGAUGAAGAGGAAAUGGAAAAGUCGAAAGGUUGAACAGGCUGCUCUAGAGUUGCUUAGUGCUGCUUGUAUGAACACCCCUUGCCGAGAAGCCAUCCAGAAGCAUUGUACGAAAUGGCUCGAAGAGAUCGUCAAUAAUACUCCACCCAAAAUUUCUGAAAUUUCUACAACACCUAUCGAUAGCAAUGCAGAAGAUGGCUCUAUACAACAGCGAAUACAUUCCGAGCAAGUGAGGAAUCUCGCAGCUGUUGUCUUGGCCAAGAUUCAGGCUAUCCCUUCAGCACCAACUGCUGAAUCUGGGGAAGGAGAAAUUUCUGGAAGUACAACUAUUGAAGACCUUUCAGACAUGUUUAAAAACAUGCUUUCCACAGACACAUCUCAACAAAGUUCGAUUGAAGGUCUCGCUUAUGCGUCGCUGCAAUCAAAAGUUAAGGAGAAGCUUGCUUCAGAUAAGAAGUUUCUGGCCAAUCUUGUCAAAACUAUGAAGGGCGCUCCGCCCAAAUCACCGGCAACUUAUGGAUCUCUCACUAUUUUGGCCAAUCUUACAGCAUACCAACCUCCCUUGACAGAAGAACAAAAAAAGCUAGGCCAAUUGAAGGCUUAUGCUAAUGCGUCAAAAUCCUCCCUCAAACCAGAUCCUCUCAACGACGAUGAUCACGUUACGAAGAGAUGUCAAAACGUAUUCGACGCUGGUGUUAUACCUGUUCUUGUCACCCAUAGUCAGCAUGGAUCGAUAGCAUCUCUCACACUUGUCACAGCCAUCAUUUUCUCACUUUCCAAGAUAACUAAAAUUCGAGGACAAAUGGCCCAACAAGGUGCCAUCAAGCUCUUAUUACACGCGGAUUCUGUUUUUCCCUCGGAUAAUAUACCGGCUCGAAGAACCACAGCUCAUGCCCUUGCCCGCGUUCUCAUAUCCACCAAUCCACAACAUGUAUUUGGCGGUACCAAUCCUUUAUCACUUGUCUCAGCUAUUAAACCUCUUCUUCUUCUUCUAGAAGAUGACCCAACAGUUGAACACCGCGAUCUCCUACCUGUAUUCGAAGCUCUCCUGGCCUUAACAAACCUCGCUUCUACAGAUGAUUCAGCUCGUAACCCUAUCAUUCGACUGGCUUGGUCUCAAAUUGAAGAAUUGCUUCUUUCCAAUAAUACUAUGGUAACUCGUGCAACAGUAGAGCUUAUCUGUAACCUCAUGCAAUCACCAGAAGGCGUUGCGAAAUUCGCAGAUGGGAGUAAACAAGCUUCACAGCGUACACAUAUCCUCUUGGCCUUAACGGAUGCCGAUGAUUUCGCCACCCGAAGAGCAGCAGGUGGAGCAUUAGCAAGUCUCACGGAAUGGGAUACUGCCGUAACAGCUAUCCUUGACAGAGAAAGAGGAGUCAACCUUCUUCUAGCUCUGUGCACAGAAGAAGAAGAGGAAAUUAGACAUAGAGGUGCAGUUUGCAUUCUUAAUAUACUGACGGCACCGAAUAAAGCUGGGGAAAAGGGAAGGGAAAUGGUGAAGGAGAAUGCGGGAUUGGAAUGUCUGAAAGAAUGUUUGAAGAAGUCGAGGAGUCAGCAGGUUCUAGAAAUAACCGUGGAGGCGUUGAAGAAACUCAUAGGUGACGGGGAAGAGGCGAAGCUGUUGGAGGGUUGA